UUGUGUUAUGUCAACACUUUUUGCCUGUGUGGAAACAUGGAUAGAUUGGUCGUACUAUACAGUAGAAUCCUUUCGCUUGCCAUUUUCUGGGCGAUUGUCGAAGGCCAAGGACAGACUAGUCCGAUACUGCAUUGUUUGUACUGUUCCAACGUGGCACUGUCAAAUUUAAACAGAUGCGUUACUCUGACAGAAUGUGCAGAUGAGUGCUACACAGACACACAGGUGCAGUCAGAUGGAUCGUGGAUAAAGCAAUUCGGUUGUGCAAAGAAAACGGCUUGUGUGUCAUCGCAGGGUGUUGUAGGAAAACGAGAACUAUCAUCUGCAAGGAGGGAAUUUUGUAAAAAGGAAAUAUGCAAUACAGAUGUGAAGCACUUUCAAGCACCUUCAGCCACUCCUUGUGGUGACGUUUCCGCCAACGACUGUCGUGACCCCACUGCACUGGCGUCAAUAUGCAGUGAUUGUGAUCUAGCGCAAUACUGUAGAAAGUCAUGUGGACUGUGCCGAGAUCAUGGUAAUACUUGGUACGAAAAUGUCGUCUUAUUCGACUACGACCCAGUUCAUAAGACAUGCCGCCACAGUGCGUCUGUUAAUCCGUCUAUCUGUAAGAGUGUGACGGAGCAGUAUAACAGGGUAGUUCCCGUGAUCAACAACAACACUACCUUAAAUGCAGCGCACGCUAAACAUGAUUAUCUCAUUCUAGCUCAACCCGACAGCUACCUCAACCUCCAUUUCAGAACAAACGGAGAACCACUCACUAACCUACAAAUUAGCGGCUGCAAAACCACUGGUUUGGGAAGAGUCGAUAUUCUACUAAAUAACAAUACUAUCGUGGAAUCAUACAACCAAACCAGUAAAUGGGAUUUGGGCUGGCAAAUUCACAAACUUCACACGAACCAGUACCUCAACGUACAAGAUUAUAACCUACACAUACGGAAAGAUGCCACGUCUAUCAGUUAUGGUCAUUACUGGUUGAGUCGUAUUCGAUUGGAAAGCGUUGUCGUCCACCACAGCCAUCAUUAAUGUGUCAAGCAUAUGCGGAAACAAUUGAUAUAAAUCAUCUCUCUAAUUGGCUAAUCCAGAAACAGUGAUUCGUCGUGCAUGCUAGUUACAUGUACCAUCAAUUUUCUAUUAAUGCAUGGGGUCCAAUGAUUAAGGUGUUUUCUUUUCCUUUUAUUUAAACCUUGAAAAAAAAAUUCUAAAUCAUAUUGCUGGCUUCAUAUACACAGGUGAAACAAGCCAAAUGAAAUAUAGAUUCAAUAAAUUGCUUUGUUCUUUAAUCAAAA